CUCUGCCAGUCCCUCCACUGGCCUCCAUUCACUGUCCUCCACCCCUCUCUGCAAUCCCUCCACUGGCCUCCAUUCACUGUCCUCCACCCCUCUCUGCCAAUCCCUCCAUUGGCCCCCAUUCAGUGUCCUCCACCCCUCUCUGCCAAUCCCUCCACUGGCCUCCAUUCACUGUCCUCCACCCCUCUCUGCCAAUCCCUCCACUGGCCUCCAUUCAGUGCCCUCCACCCUUCUCUGCCAAUCCCUCCACUGGCCUCCAUUCAUGUCCUCCAUCCCCCUCUGCCAAUCCCUCCACUGGCCUCCAUUCAGUGUCCUCCACCCCUCUCUGCCAAUCCCUCCACUGGCCUCCAUUCAGUGUCCUCCAAUCCUCUCUGCCAAUCCCUCCACUGGCCUCCAUUCACUGUCCUCCACCCCUCUCUGCCAAUCCCUCCACUAGCCUCCAUUCAGUGUCCUCCAUCCCCCUCUGCCAAUCCCUCCACUGGCCUCCAUUCAGUGUCCUCCACCCCUCUCUGCCAAUCCCUCCACUGGCCUCCAUUCAGUGUCCUCCAAUCCUCUCUGCCAAUCCCUCCACUGGCCUCCAUUCAGUGUCCUCCAAUCCUCUCUGCCAAUCCCUCCACUGGCCUCCAUUCAGUGUCCUCCACCCCUCUCUGCCAAUCCCUCCACUGGCCUCCAUUCAGUGUCCUCCACCCCCUCUCUGCCAAUCCCUCCACUGGCCUCCAUUCACUGUCCUCCACCCCCCUCUGCCAAUCCCUCCACUGGCCUCCACUCAGUGUCCUCCACCCCUCUCUGCCAAUCCCUCCACUGGCCUCCAUUCAAUGUCCUCCACCUCUCUCUGCCAAUCCCUCCACUGGCCUCCAU